AUGGAGCAAUCUCUCCCCACCACCAUGCGCACGGUGAUACAAAAUUCACCUACAUCCUCUCAACUCACACUCACCCAAACACCUCUCCCAACACCCUCUUCACCAGACCACGUCCUCAUCAAAGUCAUCGCCACAGCCCCCUGCUACAGCGAACUCACCUGGCUCGCCCAGAACCCGCAGUUCUUCCCUCCCGACAAAGAGCUCGUCCCCGGCCAAGACGUCUCCGGCAUCGUCGUCUGCUCCAGCGACCAAUCGGCCUUCCGGCCCGGCGACCACGUCUUCUGCCGCCUCGACGCUACCAGACCCGGCGGCCUACGCGACUACACCAUUGCGCUGGAGUCAGAGCUGGCGGCGAAGCCGGCCUCUAUAGAUUGGGUCCCCGCAACAGCGACGCCUCUCAGCGCACUUACAGCUUGGCAGGCGCUCUUUGAACACGGGUCUCUAGACAGCAAUGCCCUCUGGGGUGGUGACGAGGCAGCCAAGAAGGCAAACGGAACAAAGAGGGUUUUAAUCACUGCGGCAGGCGGCAGCGUGGGUGGCUUUGCAGUACAGCUGGCCGCGGCGGCUGGUGUUAGUGCUGUGGUGGGCGUUUGCAGCGGUGGCAAAGCGGAACGAGUGCGUUCACUCGGGGCUACGUCGAUUAUUGAUUACACGUCUACAAGUGUGUUGCAAUGGAGGGAGAAGCAUGGCGGAGCUGAUGAGUUUGAUCUGAUUGUCGACUGCGUGGGCGGUGAUACCAUGGUUGGUCUAUGGGCAGCCGUCAAGGAUGGAGGUGAAUUCAUCAGUGUAUCCGACUUUCCAGACCGGUUGCGCCCUCAAGAUGGCAAAAAGGCGCUUACCAAGAGCAAAUUCUUCAUUGUCCAGUCGUUGGGUGUCCAGCUUGCUGAGAUUGCCCGCUUGCUUGAGAACAAGACGCUGCAGCCGCUGGUAGAUAGCGUCUACGAGUUUGACCAGUUUCAAGAGGCCUUUGACAAGUUGGACACAAGGACUGCUGGAGGCAAGAUUGUGAUUCAGGUUAACACUUCAACAUGA